GUUUCCAAAAUGUAUUGAAGAGUGAAAUAUUUUUCUUCGACGUCAUUACUUUUUUUUUCUGUCCAACUAUAAUCUGCAAAGGUGCUGGGCGAAGCACACUCGUGUUGUAAAGCUCUUACCUAGUUGCCUAAACACAAUAAGCUUGUUUUGACCGACGCAACAACGGUUGAAAGAUGAGACUCGCACUUUUGUUGUGUUUCUUCAGUUUUAUUUGGUUGGCUGACUGUGCACCACCGACAUGCUAUUCCCGAGUGCUCGGCUUGAGCAAGGAAAUAAUAGGCCUUUUGGGAAAACUACACAAUUUUCAUCGCACGAAAACAUGCGUUGAGAUUCUGCCCAAGCUGUUUCUGGAUGUGCAAAAUUCGUGCAUCAAUACCAAGCUCCAUGACUUCCUCUAUGUCAUGGAGAACCUUCCUACACAGUACUGCAGAGAGCGACCCAGGAUCGUGUUGUUGAAGCAGAAAGUCACCAACCUGUACAGAAUCAUCAACAGAAUCUGUUAUCGGGACCUAGUGUAUUUUACAGAUGACUGUGAGGCCAUUGAGACUGGCCAGAGUACCCCUCACUACAGAGAGGACAGGCUCCAGAUGCUGGUGGAAGAGAAGAGAUGAGCCCAUCCAGAGACAAACACGCAUACACAGGAAUAUAAUUGUGAGGGCAUGUAAACUCUGUUUCACUCACACACACACAUACAUAGCACCACACACAACUGUAGCUAAAAAACAUGCCAACAUAGUUUAAUUUCUAACCUUUAAGCCUAAAGAUUUGAGUUUUUUGUCCAAGUGCGGUCUCAUGUUAGAUGGCAUGUGACUGGUUACAUUUCAAAUGGAGAACUUUCCACAGGAAAUGAGCUGAAUAUCAGCUAUUCUGAUGAAAACCUUUUACCAGAAUAAACCAAAAUGUUUGUGUGCCUCACUUACCGCUGCUUACCUACCACACUGUUUGAAAGGCAUGCCUUAUUUAUCCAAAUAUCUUGUAUGUUUCCAUAACUCUUCAUACAUACCGAGGUCCCAGCUCGUACAUCCCUGAGAAAAGAUUGAUUACCUCAUGCUGAUUGUAUGACUAGGCCUAGUCUUUAACCUAAACUCUAGUAAUGUAUCCUGUUCAGAUAUAGGCUAUACUUAAUCAUGAUUGCAUUUUCUUGUAAUUGGUGCAGUAGGCUAUACAUAUGUGUAUUAGUUAUAUGUAUGUAAUAAAACAACUUUUUUAAUGCU